AUGAAUCAACCCCUGGAACAUGACCCUAUUUUUGAGAUACCUAAUGACUGCCAACGAGAAGCAAGUUUCAGGGGUUGGUCUUACAUGCAUAUUCCAAUAGAACCGCUCGUGGGAGGAGGAUUUACCUGUAUAAAUCCCAACACCUCAACAGUAGCAUGCACUGCCUGUGGACUGCAGGCCGACGCUGCAAGACUGAACGGCACAAGUCCUUAUGAUUUCCAUGUCCAACGAUCUCCUGGGUGUUUGUUCUUCAACCCUUUUAGACACGAGUCGAACCGCAGACAGUCCUUCCUGUAUUGGAGUGGAUACAGUGGGGCCCUGGAUAUUGAUGAUCUCGUUGCUGCUGGAUUUUAUCUUACCGAAUUUGGACAAGGGAAUAUUCAAUGUUUCUGCUGUGGUAUCAGUUCAUCAUCUUUAAGUCAAAUCGUUGACAUCAGACAACAACACACUCAACUUAGCCCGCAUUGUGUCUUCAUAAGGAACGUGUUGAGCCAGUAACUAAAUAGAAGACUCCAAUGAAAUGAACUGAAUAGAACUGUGCAAUGUGUCUAUUUUCUUGGACAAUUAUUCCGUUGUUUUAUCUAAUAAAACAAAGUCAUUGAGUUAAUGUUAACUAUGACGCAGUAACCAUUGGUAGGUAAAUGACACUGUUGAUGGAAUUUAUAAUGACAAAUGAUCCUUAAUUACUCCUACUCCAAAAGGCAUCUCAUCUAAAGAACGA